CGCUCGGGGCCUGGCAUGAGGAAAAGCACGGGGAUGCUGAGGCCUCCGGCUGAGGGAUAUCUCCUGUGCUGCAGGGUGAGCAAUGCCGUGUGCCUUUCAGGUGGUGUGCUCUGCCAAAAGCCUGGCUUAGGGAGAUGGGCGGCCUGGGACAGGACUUUGUGGAGAUUGGGAUACUGUGCCAGACUACUGAAAACUAAUCAUUUUAGGACAGCUGCAUCAAAUACAUCAUUUCCAGCAGUUUGGAUGCUAUUGGCACAACAUUCUGGCAGAAUACCUGGGCUCUUUGUAGUAGUUAAAAAAAAUACUUUGUUCACAAUGCCCGAAACCGUGGAGGAUAAAACUAAUCCAGAACUGUAUUUGCCACAUCCUGGAGUGCGUGGGAUGACACUGCUCAACAGAGAGGCUUUCAAAAGGACACUGGUUGUUCCAGCUCUUAAAGUCAAGAAAGAAAUUGUGCAUAGUGUGCUGAAGUCCCUGAAACAAUCUGUACUGCAGCGCCCCGGCCUCAAGCGGGUGGUGGAGGAUCCAGAAGAUGAGGACAGUAGGUUUGUUAUCCUGGAUCCUCAUAAAGUACUGGAAUUCUCAUUAGGAGAGUCGGAGCAGCAGGUCCUGAGACAGCUCAAUGUCCUUCCUGAGGUGUGCAAGUACCACCUGGAGCUGAGCUAUGAGAAUUUCAAAUCGGAGGAGAUCCUGCGAGCCGUCCUUCCCGAGGGCCAAGAGGUCACCUCUGGGUUCAGCCGUGUUGGCCACAUUGCUCAUUUGAAUCUCAGGGAUCACCAGCUGCCCUACAGACACUUGAUUGGCCAGGUUUUAAUGGACAAGAAUCCAGGAAUCACCUGUGUAGUGAAUAAAACCAAUAUUAUUGACAGCACAUACAGGAAUUUUGAAAUGGAAGUGCUUGCUGGAGAGAACAACCUGGUGACCAAGGUCAAAGAAAAUAACAUUUCCUACGAACUGGACUUCUCCAAAGUGUACUGGAACCCACGCCUGUCCACCGAGCACGGCCGCAUAGUGGGGCUGCUCAGGGCCGGCGAUGUUCUCUUCGACGUCUUUGCUGGUAUCGGCCCUUUCGCCAUCCCAGCGGCCAAGAGGAAGUGCCGAGUGUUUGCCAACGACCUCAACCCCGAGUCCUACGCCUGGCUCCUGCACAACUGCAGGCUCAACAAAGUGCACACCAAGGUGAAGGCGUUCAACAUGGACGGCAGGGACUUCCUGCGGGGGCCGGUGAGGGAGGAGCUCAGCAAAGAGCUCCCGCUCCCGGGGGAAGAGCACAAAGCUGCGUUCCACAUAGUGAUGAAUCUGCCAGCUCUGGCUGUGGAGUUCCUGGAUGUUUUCAGGCAUCUCUUGGUCGGGGAGCCCUGCAGCCCUGCUGGCCUUCCCACUGUGCACUGCUAUGGGUUCUCGAAACACAGCGAUCCAGCCAGAGACAUUCAGGAGCGAGCAGAAGCUGUGCUGGGAACCUCCUUGGCUGGGCGCUGCUCCACUUUCCCGGUCAGGAACGUGGCGCCCAACAAGGAGAUGCUGUGCCUCAGUUUCCAGAUCCCAGCAGAUGUGCUCUACAAGAGGCCCUGCCCUGAUGAAGCAAAACCAGCCUCAAAACGUCUCUGUACCAGCCAAGAUUCUUCAGAAGAGAAGGUACUGAGUUGAAGACCAGAGCUAUGGUGACUAUCUUAGCUUUUGUAAGGGGUAUUUGGAGUGCCUCUGUUAACAGAGUUAUAAGGAGCAGAGCUGUGUUUCCAUUGAGCUGCAGUUUUCUUUUGGGAGCCUUGUUUCCUGCAGUCACCUUUUCUUAUUGUGGGAUCAAUUGAAAUUGCUAUACAAAAAAUUAAAACUUUAUUCUCUUAAAAUAAA